CGCUAGGAUGGCACUGUAUAGUCCGCUCUAAGAGUUCCAGCGCUAUGCUCCCAUGGAACGACAUCAUCUUGCCCUAUCUAAGAAGGGCAAAGUUGGAUUCGAUUAGACAUUUUUUAGGAAUCAAGAUCGACCGCCAGCUCAUCACAACGUUGGUUGCGAGAUGGUGAUCCGAGUCACAUUGCUUCAACUUCUCCGAAGGCGAGUGCACCAUCACACUGAAGGACAUCACCAUCCUAACCGAUUUGCCCAUUGAAGGUGAUGUCGUGUGUGUGGGCGAUCACCCACCACCCUCAGAUGUCGACGAGAUGAAUGGAUGGCAGUAUUUGAUAUGGACCACCUUGGGUUUGUUGGUGCUUGCAAAGGGACAAGAAGAUGACGAGGAAGAUGGUCUUCCACCAGUGAGGAGCCGCCAAGUAUCCAUCACUUGGUUGAAGAACAAGAUCAAGAAGAAGCACGACCCUGCUCAAGAUGGCUUUCUCCUCACGGAGGAAAGUGAUGAGGCACAUAAGGAAAUCUAUGCACGUGUUUAUCUCAUCGGAUCGGAGGGGUGUUCUUCCCCAAGAAAUCCAACAACUUAAUCAGCAAUGGUUGGUUGAAGAUCCUCCUUGGUCCCUGGGAGGAUAUGGGGAACCUAUGAUUGGCAUCCGCAUGCCUAGCUCAUAUCUACCGCUCCCUCUAUAAUGCAACUCCGAAAGCGGUAAAGGAGAUUGAUGGGGCAAUGUUCAUCAUCCAAUUUUGGGCUUGGGAGCAUCUGCCAUGGAUUGCGCCGGUCUCAUAUCCUGACAAGGAAUGGGUCAAUGACCACCCCUAUAGAUUCCAAGCUUAUGGCUGUAGGUAAACUUCUCAGAUCUCAAUCAACUCUUAAACUUCUUUCGUACUACUUAAUAAUUAGAUAGUUAUAACUUUGUAUGUUUGUCGAUUUAAUAAGAUGGCUUGGACAAACAACAAGCGACAAUCUGCCGGGGCACAUGUUGGAAGAGUAUCAGAGGAGGCUGGAUCAUAUUUGGGAAGCAGAGGUAACCAUCAAUAAACAUCUACUUCUUUGUGAUUUUGUCCAGUCCAUUUUUAAAUUUUUGGCCCUCGCGGUGGUCUUCCACUUUGAUCCAUCUCGUUUGGAAUCCUUUUGACCCUCGAUCUACCUGGUCCACGCCUAAGCCCGAACAGUGGGAUGAUCACCUUUCCAUCAUAUAUUGGCCAGUAAGCUUCGUCCGGUAAUGCACAAAAACACCUUCCAUAAGAGCUUUUUACUGAGUCGAGUUUGAAGAAAGGACUAACGAAGUGAACGGGGUCUUUGGUCCUGUGUUUAAUCACGACCAUUGCAUGAGAACAAGGCGUACCUCUACCAUGAUAUUUCUGGCAAGAGCACUCUCCUUGUUUUGUUCUGAAGUUGAUCUUUACUUCAUGUCGAUGCCCCGCACGUCUACCAUCCUGCCAGUGCCCGGUCUCGACUGAAUACUCACCAGCAUCUCGAUUCAUAACAGUGACACUUGCCGACUGCUCUUACGGUUAUCUUUUUCCAAGAUCUCUAUGGUUUUAUCGGAAUCAGUGGCGGACCCAGGAUUAUUGAAGAGGGGUGUCGCCAAUAAAAAUUAUAAAAAUUAAGAUAAUGAAAUAAAAAUUUAAUA